UACCCCAUGGCCGUCUAGUUUCGCGCAGUCACUCUGAGUCACUUGCAGGGUUUAUAUGGGCUGCGCGAAGAGCCUGACCAGCUUGACAGAUUUGUGAUAAUUUUUGACAAUGUUUACAAGUUUGCAUUAACAUCAAUUUUAUCGAUUGUUAUCGAUUAACGUUUCAUCUUCACUUUUACCCCAAUCUAUUUAAAUAUUCAACGUGACAUAUUUUUCUCUUAUCUCCUGUGUUAUCAAUCAUGUUGAGCAAAAUAUAUCUGCCCCAUAUGAAUAUUAUACCACGCAUGAUAAAUAAUGCGUUUGGAGAUAGAGAACCAUGGCAAAUAGCAGCUGUAACAUGUACAGCUACUCUCAGCACGAUAUGGCUAUGGAAUUUUCUUUGUCAAGAUGAAACUCUUUAUAAACGUGGAAAGAAACAGCUAUUUAAACUAGCUCGUCGUUACGUACCUUCCAUUCGUAAGAAAGUACAAGAGCAAUGCAUCUCCAUUACUCAGAGUUUCGAAAAGGAAUUUAUAGGUAGAAUAGGAGAGGUUCCCUUCCUCGUUCAACUUCCUGAUACUGGACUAUCCGAUGAACUAAUAAUGGACGUAAUAAAGACUCAUGUUGAAAUGAAUGGUGGUUUCAACUGGAAAGCCGGUCUAGUAUCGGGCACAGUUUAUAGAGUCGAUGAUAAUCUUAGCCAGCUUAUGGGAAAAGUGUACACCGCCGCGUCAUAUACGAAUCCAUUACAUCCAGAUGUUUUCACAGGUAUUUGUAAACUGGAAGGAGAAGUGGUUAGGAUAGCCUGUCGUUUGUUUCACGGAGAUGAGGAGACUUGCGGUACAAUGACUACUGGUGGCACAGAAUCGAUCCUAUUAGCAUGUAAAACAUACAGAGACUAUGCCCGUGAAGUCAAAGGCAUCAAAAAGCCGGAGAUAGUGAUGCCAGUUACCGCUCAUGCAGCGUUCGAAAAAGCUGCCCAAUUCUUGAAUAUAAAAAUGCGUAUUGUUCCUGUCAAUGAGCAUAGUUUUACGGUUUCAAUCAAAGCUAUGAAAAGUAUGAUCACGAGAAAUACGAUAAUGUUGGUAGGAUCUGCACCAAAUUUUCCGUAUGGGACGAUGGAUAACAUAGAAGCAAUUUCUGAAUUAGGUGUAAAAUACAAUAUACCUGUUCACGUGGAUGCCUGUUUAGGUGGUUUUCUGAUAUGUUUUAUGGCUGAGAGUGGCUAUCCGUUACCACCUUUCGACUUUAGACUUCCUGGUGUGACCAGCAUAUCUGCCGAUACUCACAAGUACGGAUAUGCCCCAAAAGGAUCUUCCCUGAUUCUUUACAGAAACAAAAAUUAUCGUCAUUAUCAAUAUACGAUUAGCACGGACUGGCCUGGCGGUAUUUAUGGUUCUCCAACUAUAAACGGUUCUCGAUCUGGUGGUGUGAUUGCCGCUUGUUGGGCCACGUUAAUGCAUUUUGGACAUAAUGGAUACGUCGAAUCUACCAAGAAAAUUUUACAGACUGCCAAAUAUGUCGAAAAAAGGCUGCGAGAGAUAGACGAGAUUUUCAUCUUCGGUACACCAGUCACAUCGGUAAUCGCAAUAGGUUCCAAUGUGUUUCAUAUCUAUAGACUCGCGGAAUUUCUUAGAAACGAGGGCUGGAAUUUAAACACGCUGCAGUUUCCUUGCUCUAUACAUAUAUGCCUUACGCAUGUGCAUACCAAACCCGGAGUGGCGGAAAAGCUCUUAAAAGAUGUUAAGGCCGGAGUGCUAAAGUCUAUGCACCAGGAGCAAGAUCAAAUAAAAGGAGAGUACGCCAUAUACGGAAUGAGUCAAACUAUUCCAGACAGAAGCUUAGUUGGCGACUUUACAAAAUUCUACUUGGAUUCCAUGUAUUACACUAGGGAACAUUCCAUGUCAUGCUGGAAAGAAUAUUUUACAGAUUAAUUUUUAUGCAUAAUAGCAAUGAGAGAAAUAUAAAAUGCAUAUUUUACCAUCUAGGUAUACAUACUAAAUUCAAAAAUUUCCUAUUACUUCAAAUAUGCAUUAUGUUAAUUCUACGUAAGUGUAUAUUAAAGCAUUUAUACAUAUAUUAAAAUAUAUUUGAUACAAAAAGUACUUCGUAUCCUGGAGAAAGAUAAAAGACUCCAAAAUAAAAAUUUUACUACGAAGGUAUUUAUACUAAAAUUAUUUUUUUCCAUAUAUAAAUCACAGACUGUGUGAUAUAAACGAUAUAGUAAUUAUAUAGCGCCUAACUACUUUAUAGAGAAAAAUUCUACAUAAUAAUCCUAAUACAUAUCGCGUCCAGAAUUUCGUAAAUAGACUGAUAAUAACAGUUGUAUGUAUAUAUGUACAUAUAUACAUCAUAAUACCACCAAAUUAUGCAUUUUAUAUUAAUAUUUUUGCUGUAAUACUGGAGUAUAUAUUAUACAACGAGGCUGUAACUUUUGUGAUUUUAAAUCAAUUUCCUAUUUUAUAUCCUCGAUUUAUCUUCAUAGGUCUGGGAAAGAAAUAAAGUAUUCUUAUAUUAUGUUGGAAUAAAUGCUGAAUACUUUUGCAAA